UACUUUGUUGCUGUAUUCACAUUAUGGAGUAUACGGUGUCAUAAAAAAUUAUGAAACAUUAAUUUGUAAAUAUAUUUAAUUUUAAAUACAAUUUAACAUUGUAAAAAUCAACAAACAUGAAGCAAAUUUUAUGUGGAAGAUUUGGGCGAAAUAUUUUAUUGAGAUCAAAAUCAUCUCGUAAAGCAGUAUCGAUUAUAAAUUCAAAAAGUUUAAUGACAGGAAGAUUAACAAGGCCUUUACUUGCUUCUCCACAUCCUCGUUAUUUUUUAAAUCCUCAUCGUACAUAUGGAAUGUUUAUCACCAGAGUAUUGAGAGGAGCUUUAAAACUACGCUACAUUCUUUUAGGUGGAGCAAUAGGUGGAGGUGUCACUGCACAGAAGAAAUAUGAAGAAUGGAAAGAAGCCUUACCAGACAUGAGUUGGGUUCAAAAAUUACUUCCUAAAGAUCAAGAAUGGCAAGACGCGACUCAAUCUAUUAUUCAAUUCAAAGACAAAAUGAUAGGAAAUGUGAAUAUAGAUCCACGAUUGAAGGAGCUUGGGGAGGCAAAAUAUCGAGAAUAUAAGAUGUGGUUUGACCAGAGAUUGGAUAAUGCAAUUAAAGCGGCAGAAAGCCGCAAAAGCAUUGAUCAAAAUGGCAAUUCUUCAAAUCGUAUGUUUGACGUGAUCUCGACUGUAGCAAACCAAGUUUACUCAGAUACAAAGGAUGAAUUUCUAAAGAAUUCGGUAGUUCAAGCUCGACCAUUAUUAAACGAUAGUGUUCAAGAAGAGCGUCGAAAAGCUCAAUCAUCACAGCAAAGAAUGGAUGCAAUGCAGAAUGAACUUAUACAAAUUCAAUUAAAAUAUCAACGAGAAUUGGAAAGAUUGGAAAAGGAAAAUAAGGAACUUCGCAAGCAAAUGUUAUUGCGAGGAAAUCAAAAACUUAGUAAUCGAAAAAUCAAAAAAUCUCUGAUUGACAUGUACAGUGAUGUGCUUGAUGAACUUAGCGAGUACGAUAGCGCAUAUUCGACAGCUGAUCAUUUACCUCGAGUUGUUGUAGUUGGAGAUCAAUCGUCGGGAAAAACUUCUGUUCUCGAAAUGAUUGCACAGGCGAGAAUUUUUCCCAGAGGUGGCGGAGAAAUGAUGACAAGAUCACCUGUAAAAGUAACUUUGAGCGAAGGACCUUAUCAUAUUGCACAGUUCAAAGACAGUUCUCGAGAAUUUGAUUUAUCAAAGGAAUCGGAAUUGGCUGACUUAAGAAGAGAAGUGGAACUUCGCAUGAAAAAUAGUGUUAAAAAUGGAAAGACUGUCAGUCAGGAUGUUAUUGCGAUGACAGUGAAAGGUCCCGGUCUCCCUCGUAUGGUCCUCGUUGAUUUGCCUGGAAUUAUUAGCACGGUGACAGUCGAUAUGGCGGAAGAUACUCGAGAUGCGAUUCGUCACAUGACUCAACAAUAUAUGAGUAAUCCGAAUGCAAUUAUUCUUUGUAUUCAGGAUGGUUCUGUGGAUGCUGAGAGGAGUAAUGUCACUGAUUUAGUAGCUCAAAUGGACCCUUCUGGCAAGAGAACUAUUUUUGUUUUGACAAAAGUGGAUAUGGCAGAGGAGAAUUUAGCGAAUCCUGAUCGUCUAAGGAAAAUUCUCUCGGGGAAAUUGUUCCCUAUGAAAGCGUUGGGUUACUUUGCUGUUGUCACUGGGCGAGGACGACAGGAAGACAGUAUUCAGACAAUAAAAGAUUAUGAAGAAAAUUUCUUUAGAAAUUCAAAGUUAUUUAAAGAUGGUUUAGCAAUGUCUAGUCAAGUAACGACGAGGAACUUGAGUAUGGCCGUGUCUGAGUGUUUUUGGAAAAUGGUUCGUGAAACAGUCGAGCAACAAGCGGACGCUUUUAAAGCCACAAGAUUUAAUCUUGAAACUGAGUGGAAAAAUAAUUUUCCAAGGCUACGUGAGCUUGAUCGUGAUGAACUUUUUGAGAAGGCGAGAGGAGAAAUCUUAGACGAAAUUGUUAAUUUGUCCCAAGUUUCGCCAAGACAUUGGGAAGAAGUAUUGAUGGCGAGAAUUUGGAGUAAAGUCAGCAUGCACGUUUUUGAAAAUAUUUACUUACCCGCUGCCCAAAGUGGAACUCCAAGUACAUUUAAUACAACGGUGGAUAUAAAAUUAAAACACUGGGCGGAACAACAAUUACCAGCCAAAAGUGUCGAAGGUGGCUGGGAAUGUUUAAAACAGGAAUUCGAAAAAUUCAUGUCACAAGCGCGUUUGAAUACUGAUCACGACGAUAUUUUCGAUAGUUUGAAGAACGCAGUUGUUGACGAAGCAAUGACCAGACACACGUGGGAGGAUAAAGCGUCGGAUAUGUUGCGAGUAAUUCAAUUGAAUACUCUAGAAGAUCGGAAUGUCAGCGAUAAACGAGACUGGGAUCAAGCAGUUCGAUUUUUGGAAAAUUCAGUGAAGGAGAAAUUGCAGAAUACGGAGCAAAUAUUGCAGGAAAUGUUGGGUCCAAAUCGAAAGCAACGUUGGCUUUAUUGGGAAUAUCAAAGUGAGGAGCAACAAAGAAGAACGUCGGUGAAGAAUGAACUCGAUAAAAUUCUCUACUCCGACAAGAAACAUGCGCCAACUCUGACACAAGAUGAAUUGACAGCAGUUAGAAAGAAUAUACAGCGAAACGGUUUGGAAGUUGAUAAUGAAUUUAUUCGCGAAACAUGGCAUCCGGUUUAUAGAAGAUUCUUUCUACAACAAAGUUUAUCGAGGGCCUACGAUUGUAGGAAAGGAUAUUAUCUUUAUCACACUGGACACGAUCAAGAGAUGGAAUGCAACGAUGUGGUUCUUUUCUGGCGAAUACAGCAAGUGCUGAAAGUGACAGCAAACGCAGUAAGACAGCAGAUUAUGAAUAGAGAGGCGCGAAGACUUGAUAAAGAGAUUAAAGAAGUGCUAGAAGAUUAUAGUCAGGACAAUGAAAUAAAACAGAAACUCUUAACCGGACGAAGAGUAACGCUUGCCGAAGAACUCAAACGAGUGAGGCAAAUUCAAGAGAAAUUAGAAGAAUUUAUACAAGCUCUCAAUAAAGAGAAAUGAAUGGAGAUGGAUAAAAGUCGAUCAGGCCAAAGUCGUAAAUGAAA